AUGUUUAAACUGUCGACCCUCCAGCCCGCCUCUUCGGCUCUCCGUAUGAUUUCUGUCAUCUUUCACGCCCUUGGCAUUGACCUCUCGCCCUUUUCCACCAGAUACUCGCAUCAAACUCCUCAUUCGCUCUCCAUCUCGUUCCUUGACUUCAGCCUGAUUAUCGUCUCUCCGAGUUUCGACAGCGAUGAUGAUCUGGGCACCAUCACCUUUCCAGGUGCUGCGCGUCCAGGCGACCAGGACGAACCUCGGCCGUUCGAUCUUGCAGAUGUCCCUUCAUCCGUGGAGGCAGAGGAUGGCUUGCCUCAAAGCGAGAUAUUUGAGAGUCUUUUCUUGCACCAGCAUGGACCUGCACCGGCGGGGCGUACUUGGGAGCAGACCAGAGUUCAGUCUGUGAGCUUAUCCACCCUUUCACGGACGUUCAAAAAGCAAGACACAGCGACCGCGAUCAACUUGUUGCAUCGUCGUUCGGUUCUUCGCCUCGACGAUGACCUAUAUUACCAAAGCGACGACGACAUGCUCGCCUGGGACGGCACAAAGCAUUUCCUCGAUUUUUUCCUUGUCGUCGGAGGCUCCGUGGGUUUGCACGCCUUGCUCCCUAACAAGGUCGUCGAUCACACAUUUUCCAUGGCCCUCAACCUCUGUCUUCCCACCCGUCUGUUUCGACCGAAAUUCGGUAAGCUGGGUUUUGACCCUACCGGUUGCAUGAUGGCCAUCGGGACGGGGCCAUCGUCUGAAUUAUGGCUGGCAUUCGCUCCUCGCGAGAACCUGGAGGACUUGGACAUCGCAAACGACGUCCCACUACUCAGUGAAAGAGUGCACGGCGACACGAGACUGUCGUCGUCUCACUUUCGCAUGGCCGUCAUGUUCCUGGCUCACGCCCUGUCCAAAAAUCCCUCCCUCUCCAUUUACGUUAUGCAUCCGUAUGGCACGGACGAUGACCUGAGCGCAUGGAGGAUCAAGGACAUCUCAAAUAUUUACUCGCAGACGACUUGGGACUUGCGUCUGAACGAUGUACUCGAACUGCACAACACGAUCAUAGCUGAAUGGGACGAUUGGGUCGCAGCUGCCCCUAGGACUUGGAAGCAGGACGGUUGGCUCCUAAGUCGAGCUCCUGUGGCUGUAGCAUGUCGCUACGGUCAGAACCAACCGAUCGCAAAUUCCAACACGCGCACCCAUGCAAUAGAAGCUAGAAAUUGGCACGCAGAGAGAUCCUAUGCCAGCAUAAGAUAUGUGUCCGUAGCCAUAGCCACAGACAUCGCAUGCACUCGAGUCAAACGCUGGAUCGAAGUCCCCAACGAAGACAUCAUCCAGGAGCAUGGCGUUGUGUAUGAUUCCCCUGAUCCUCACGUUCGUGAGGAGCUCGACCUGGACGAUUUCCCUCAUCGCGAUCCCGUCACUCGCCGGGAAAAUAAUGUCUAUGACGAGGAUGGUCGUCGCAUUCCUCGUCUCCACGGCAAGCUGCGUCGCAAUGCAAAACCUUGUGGCCUUUUGGUGAACUUGGAGACCAUCUCCGAGUUAUUCUCAUCCUACAUUCCAGACCAUGAUGACAUGGUCGUCGACCCGGACGCAUAUGCAGGAGAGAACGCCUCUGUUCCAUCCGUGUCUGUCUUCCCUCAGGCCUUCCUCCGGACCAUGGGCCAUAUCCAAUGCAACGCCAUCCUUCCUCACUUCGCCCCAUUCAUAUCAGACAUCCGUCGUUCGACAUCUCGCAGACCUCGCACGGUGAACUUGAACAACGACGAUCCCCUCCCAGACGAAUACGAUCUGUUUGGAGAUAGGCUGGAUGGUGAAAAUGGGAUUCCUCCGGUCCUCAUUCCUAGCGCUUGUCAAUUCUAUAAUGAGAUAUCACAUCGUAUUCGUCCCUCCGCUGCCCUGCACGACAUUCAACAAGGCCGUAUCACCUCUGCUCUCGCAGGUGCUUAUGGCAACCCAGCCACCAAGAUCACUCACAAUGCUCGAGUCCGCGAGUGCAAGACCAGUCUUCCUCAUCAGAGGUACGACAAUAAGAUCAGCCUCGAUGAUGUUCCACGAGCCUUGCGUCUGGAGAACAUUUACAUUAUUCAGUGCGAUUCUCUUAAGCCGGAAAAACGCAACGGCAUGUCCAUAUACAAGGACAUCGUUGUUCCCCUCGCGUCUGCCUGGUCCCAUCCAAAUAUUUUUCAAGCCCUCCGCCCCCAUAUUUGCGUGUUUGCUUCUCAAGCUUUCCCUCAAGUGUAUCAAUGGACGACCUUCGGCUUAACUUCCUUGCUCGAGCGCUUGUGGGCAUACCAGCUCCCCCUCUUGGAGGCUGGCAAUAAGCCAAGGCAUGAAGCAGUCGAAUUAUGCUCCGUCCUCGAACGCGCCUUGGCUUACGCUCAUACGGGCAAUGCAAGGGUCCUUGCAGCCAGGUUGAUGAGGCCUCUAUGGUUGAUCCAGAGCAUUCUCGAGCAGGGACUUCCUACCUUCGCCCCUUCUGUCCGUACCACCACCACUAUCAACAAUCCCAUCACCAUCAGCGCAGCAGAUUGGCCAACCUCCGACAACCUCAACGUUCCUGCCAUCGCGUCCAAAAGGACGCAAGUCCUGACUUAUGGCAAUGAUCAUUUCGAGGCCUAUAAAGCUGGGUUUCACAUCGAAUUGUCCAUCAAUAAGCUCUCUCCCCACGUCUUCCUCCAAUACACCACCCAGGAACGUCACUGCAUCGUCAUCGCUUUGGUGGCUUUGCGGUCCUAUAUCGCGGACGUGAAGACUUUGGUCGCCACGGCCAUUAAGAAAGAAUGUUCUGCUGACCCAGACGAUAUGGAUGUGGACGAUGAUCGAGGUCCGAGCAGAGACAAGGAUCGUCUGAAAUCUUUGCAGAAAUGGUUGGCCUGCGACCAUCCUCUCGGCUACAAAGACAGAGCUUACGAACAUCUUCUGCGCUGCGUCGUCAUCGAUCCAAGCGAUUUUUCGGAGGGUCUUCCAAAUACCUCCAAGGAGAAGCUCAGUGUUCAAGACUUUGCUGCUCGCAUAUGUGCGAUGACACGAGUCGAAUCACCAACGUCCAUCGCUGCUCCUCUUAUUUUGACGGCUCCCUCUACAGCUGUCUUUCGCAUGGCAUACUCUCGCAUGCUGAAAUAUGCGCCUGCCAAUUCGCCUGCUGCUGCAGAGAAAUGCAUACAGCGUUCCUACAUCAUCGCUGCCAACAAUCUCCAGAUUCAGCACAUCCCAUGGCAUGCGCCCAACACAGCAGGGAGAGGUCGUCCAUCGCGAAAGGCCAUGCACAACUCAUGGGUCAAUCUAGGAAAAUCUAUCGUCGUCGACAGUCCUUAUUCUGUCGCAGCUCGCACUAACUCACGACCCGUCGAUAUGGCUGCUGAAGCAGCGAAGAAAGCUCAAGCUUCGGAUGCGCGAGCCCCAUGGGCUGUUGAAUCAAUCACGCUUCAAUCUCUUCCUGAUUUCUUCGCACGCGACUGUCUCCCUGACGAAUUCAGCCUGGAGCAGAUAGAAUGCAGCAGAGACCCUAUGCUGACGGAGAUAUAUGAGUGGGUCUUCGCGAACUUCGACCGAGAAAAGCCGGUCCACAGGAUCGCCUUGCUCGCAGGGAUCUAUUUCAGUCAUGUGCUUCCUGACAUGUUCUGGGAUGUCAAAGACAAGCCCUCCAACGACAAGAUGCUUGGGGAACGUUCUGCCACUAAUGCAAUCAGAAACCUGCCCUGGAGGUCCAACAAAGGGACACGAAAGGGCAGCACGUGGAGGCCCCAGUUCAUUGCGAUGGUGCCAGCGUACAUAAUAUCGGUGUAUGAGAGGGAGAGUCCAUUGCGAGACUAUUUGGCGAAGAAGAAAGCGUUUCCCGGUCAAUGGAACGCUAAGAACAGCGCCAAAGGCAUCGGGUCGCUUAAUUUGGUGCGAAUGGGCCUGGCGAAGGCUCGCUCCAGUCGCAUCUUCAAGGGGGGCGCCCCGUUGGCUGAUUGGGUCUUGUUGACUAAUGAGGAGUUAGCGGCGAAGUACAAAGAGCUGAUGGGAUUACUGCAAGAUCGUCAGUACGGGCCAUUCAAGAUCGCAGUCUCCUUUUUUGGUCUAGACAAAGCAGUGGACAUUGGAGCCACGACCGGGACAUACACCAAUCAUCCGGCUAUGACAUCCAUCGCCCUCAAGAAGCGACCUGCACCUGACACAGACUCUGACUCCGAGGUUGAGAUCAUAGAACACGCACAACACAAACGACGUCGACAAUAA